UCAACCGAGUCAACUCACUGGCUGGGCGGUGGAGACCAGAGGGGCUGCCAUCUCAGUCCCUCAUCCCAACCGAAGGAUCAUCCGGUGAUGGAACACUCGUAGUUCGCGUACAUUCAUGACUACCAAAGCCUUGGUGCCUUCCAACUGAAUCCAUGCGUUGUGCGCCUGUUCUUUCCUGAUGACCUCUCUCCGUAUUUUGUCUUUCUUUCUAUUAUUAGUAGUACACACACAGAUUGCAUAAGGAAGGCGAGUAGCGGAUGAAGCAGAGAGAAAGCAGGAGAAGAAGAAGGAGAAGCGAGAAGAAGAGGUGCAAUACUCUUUUUGGUUUCAUCAUCGUCGUCAUAAUUAUCAUUAUCACCACCAUAAGAAGGAAAAGAAGGAGGGGAAUAAGAAGGAACGCGACCGAGGACGGCAUGGAGACGCUGGAUGAGGAGGUGGAGGAGUACAGCUGGAGGGACGUGGUGCUGCCGGCGUUGAUCCCGGUGGUGCAGGAGCCGGUGGAGCUGGAGCGAGAGAGCAGGCAGCGACGGCGCGGCCGGGACAUCCUGGUGGCGGUGGACCACGGCCCCAACAGCCAGCACGCCCUCCACUGGGCCCUCGCCCACCUCUGCCGCCUCGCCGACACCCUCCACUUCGUCCACGUCGUCCACAGUGUUCAGGACGAGGUGCUGUACGAGGUCAGUAAGCAGCGAAUGGACGAGCUGGCCGUCGAGGCCCUCCAGAUUGCCAUGGUGAGGUCGCAGGGUCGCAUCGUGGAAGGGGAGGCCGGGAAGAUGAUAUGUCGAGAGGCGGAGAGGUUAAAGCCGGCAGCCUUGGUGAUGGGAACCCGCGGGCGAGGCCGCAUUCAAAGUGUGUUGCAGGGCAGCGUCAGCGAGUACUGCUUCCGUCAUUGUAAAGCAGCACCGGUCAUCAUCGUUCCGGGGAAAGAAGCCGGCGAUCGGUCUGUCAUCUGAUGGGGCGCCGCAGGGAAUUAAGUUGCCUUGUUGUACCUGCUUUCGUUGAUUAUUUGGCUAAUAUCAGAACCAGCAUCAGCCCGGUGGGUCGAUGAUGGCAAUUUCUCGGUGCUA